UAUCAUCGUGAUGACUGAACAAUCAUGAUCAUCAAUUAAUCUCUCUCCUGUUGAUCCCCUAACGUUUUGCACCCUGUGACUUCUUCUGACUUCAAAUCACAAAUCAUAAACCACCAAUAAGCUCCUUCUCUCUCCUGCUUGUCAAGUUCCCCAAUUUUAUCCCGAUCUGCAUCAAUCAAACCCUAAAUUUCGCCAAGAUGUACGGAUUCGAAGCUAUGACCUUCAACAUCCAUGGCGGUUACUUGGAAGCCAUUGUUAGAGGUCACAGAUCUGGAUUGCUCACUGCUGCUGAUUACAACAAUUUAUGCCAGUGUGAGACUCUCGAUGACAUCAAGAUGCAUCUUUCUGCUACUGAUUAUGGUCCUUAUCUUCAGAAUGAACCUUCUCCUCUGCACACAACUACGCUCGUGGAGAAGUGCACACUGAAGCUGGUUGAUGAAUAUAAGCACAUGUUGUGCCAGGCCACAGAACCUUUGUCGACCUUCUUAGAGUACAUCACGUAUGGUCACAUGAUUGAUAAUGUUGUUCUGAUUGUUACUGGAACCUUGCACGAGAGGGAUGUUCAAGAGCUGUUGGAGAAAUGUCAUCCCUUGGGCAUGUUUGACAGUAUUGCUACCCUUGCAGUUGCUCAGAAUAUGCGGGAUCUAUAUAGAUUGGUGCUCGUUGACACUCCCUUGGCUCCAUAUUUCUCUGAGUGCAUCACUUCCGAGGACUUGGAUGAUAUGAACAUUGAGAUUAUGAGGAACACCCUCUACAAAGCAUACCUUGAGGAUUUCUAUCGGUUUUGUCAGAAACUUGGUGGGGCAACUGCAGAAAUUAUGUCUGAUCUUCUUGCCUUUGAGGCUGAUAGGAGAGCUGUCAAUAUUACAAUUAACAGCAUUGGAACUGAACUUACAAGGGAAGACCGUAAGAAGCUGUACUCAAAUUUUGGUCUCUUGUAUCCUUAUGGACAUGAAGAGCUUGCUGUUUGUGAGGAUGUGGAUCAGGUCCGUGGUGUAAUGGAAAAAUACCCACCUUAUCAGUCAAUAUUCUCCAAGAUGUCUUAUGGAGAAAGCCAGAUGCUGGACAAGGCAUUCUAUGAAGAGGAAGUUAAGAGACAAUGCUUAUCAUUUGAGCAACAGUUCCAUUAUGGUGUUUUCUUCGCUUACAUGAGGUUGAGGGAGCAGGAGAUUAGGAAUCUGAUGUGGAUAUCAGAAUGCGUGGCACAAAACCAGAAGUCGAGAGUGCACGACAGUGUUGUCUUCAUCUUCUAGUUGUUCUCUGAGGGAAUAUGAAGAAACUUUGUGGAUUUUUUCGGGAAAUAAAUAAGUCUGGUGCUGCUUGUGCUUUGUACAUCUUCAUUUCUUCUUGUCCAUCGUAGAAUCAGUUGCAAACAUUAUUUAUACUGCACAAGAUGGAAUAAAGCUGUUAUCUGUAUGAUUAUUUUAUUCAGAAGGUAUCAUGUACUCCAAUCUUCUUGGAGCUAAACUUGAGAGCCCGAUGCGCCCCGCCCCUGUUUUGUUGCGGGGCAAUGAACUAGUGUCAAACUCUCUUAACUGAAUACUAGUGUAUUAUAUGUGAUAUGUCAUGAUGUGAACUUUAUUUUUUGGCAAUGUCUAUUAUCUUUCAUCUUA